UGAAAAGAAGGAAGUUUCUCGUUGACUCGGAGUUUGUCGCCGUGUAAACACCUACCGAACCGAGUCUCAGCCCGGUGUUGCGGUCCACAUUUUCGCGUGUUAUUAUCAAACUUGUGAAUGGGAAAGUCUCUGCUGUAAUUCUGUAGCCAAGUAGAAACGAGUCAGGUGGGAAGGCCUGCGUGUGUUGUCCCGCGGCGAGGCUGACGGAGGCGGCUAACCAGAGUAUGGCUGCGGCGACCGUCGCGGAGGCUGACGGGGCUGCGGGAGGAGCAGGAGUCGGGCUCGCUGAAGCCCAGAAUCGGGGGUGGGACGAGUCCCAGCUUCGGCAGUACCCGUUCCCCACCAAGCCCAUUCCCAGGCUGUCUCAUGCGGACCCGAGAGCUCAGAUGCUCAUCAACAACGAGGAGCCGGUGGUUUUAACAGAUACUAAUCUUGUGUAUCCAGCUCUGAAGUGGGACAUCGCUUAUCUUCAAGAAAACAUUGGCAACGGAGACUUCUCUGUGUACACAGCUGAAAGCCACAAAUUCCUCUAUUAUGACGAAAAGAAAAUGUCCAUCUUCGAGAACUUUGUCCCGAAAUCCAGACGGAUGGAAAUGAAAUUCUCUGAAUUCGUCGACAAAAUGCACGAAAUGGAAAACCUGGGAGGGAACGAGAGGGUGUAUCUGCAGCAGACCUUGAAUGACACGGUUGGAAAGAAAAUAGUCGUUGACUUUCUUGGCUUCAACUGGAACUGGAUCAACAAGCAGCAGGCCAAGAGAAACUGGGGACAGCUGACAUCCAACCUCCUGCUCAUCGGCAUGGAGGGUAAUGUGACACCUGCGCAUUACGACGAGCAGCAGAACUUCUUUGCUCAGAUCAAGGGUCACAAGAGGUGCAUCCUCUUUUCUCCAGACCAGUUUGAGUGUCUCUACCCCUAUCCAGUGCAUCACCCUUGUGACCGACAGAGUCAAGUGGAUUUUGAUAAUCCAGACUAUGAGAAGUUUCCCAAUUUCAAGAAUGUAGUGGGCUAUGAGGCAGUGGUGGGACCUGGAGACGUACUGUAUAUCCCCAUGUAUUGGUGGCACCACAUUGAAUCUCUUCUGAAUGGGGGCGUGACCAUCACUGUUAACUUCUGGUACAAAGGCGCGCCCACACCUAAGAGGAUAGAAUACCCACUGCGGGCUCAUCAGAAAGUGGCCAUCAUGAGGAACAUUGAGAAGAUGCUGGGAGAAGCGCUGGGCGACCCACACGAAGUUGGACCCUUGCUGAAAACGAUGAUCCAGGGUCGAUAUGAAGAUUCGCAUCUCUCUUGAAAGGCUCCAGGAAACUGUGCACGUCUGCGUGAGAGACUUUAAAACUCACUUGAACUGCUGCAUUGGGAGUGAGUGGCCAUCUUGAAAACCUUCCUGCUUCUCUUGUCGAGUGCCAUUGUCGUUGCCACGGAAGAGUCAGGCUCUCGGGACUGGGAGUUGUUAAGCAACGCUUUAGUGAGGACAUACAGUAAAUGUGUGCGUGGGUGGCUCAUCGCGUGUCAUGAUAUUUGAAUUUGUAUUGUGGCCCUGCUGUUAUUGAAUACCGUCAUACCUUAUCUCUGAGGGCGGGAUCGUGAGGAAUGUUCCACUUCAGCUGUAAAACCUUUUACGACAGCAACAAUCGAUUUGGAAGGACUCAAAAAUCCAGAAGGAACAUGGCUGCUCAGUCAAAACCAUUUGUUUGAUUAUUGUGUUAUUUAUGCUUUUUACUGUUUGAAUUGACGUUUGAUUGAGUGAGUAUGUGUGCACCGUUGGAAUCGAAUUAGUUACUGAAAUAACGUUAGUGCUGUUUACAGAGAGUAGCCCUAACUUUGACGCCCAUCUGUUCGAGGGACAUCUGCUAGCAUAGGCGCUAACUGUGUCUGACUAGUUUAUAUUUAUAUGAACAGAAAAAAAUAACCUAACUCAUGUAUUUAUCAUUUGCUAGAUAACACGCCAGUAUUAGAUUUUUAUUCAAGAUGGAAUUAUAAUAUACCGCUGGUGAACACCUGGCUCCGUCUACUGAUCCAACUCGGGAGUUGCACGUUCGUCUUAAAGCUUCCACACCGUGCUUGUGUUUAAACAUUGAAUCGUCUACCUUUCCAUGCUGUAAAGUCUGUUUUCGUUGAAACAAGUUAACGUUUACUGCGCGUGCCAAAUAUAUGAACCACUGGAUGAAGGUGGGAUUGGAAUUCAACAGAACUUUAUUGUUGCUGGCUAAUUCUUUUAUAUGACAGAUAAGAAGUUGCUGGACCUGCUUCUUGUAGCCGCGCCUUGCUUAGCAAUAAAGGGCACCAUGCGUUUUAAGGUAAAACUGUUCAACAUCGAGGUUGAUGUUCUGCUUUGAUGAGCAUGAUUUAUGAGCUGUUAAACGGCUCCUCAGAUUAAAGUUUGUUUGCAACUAUGUGUUUUCACUGUCUUGAUGCAAAAAUCUCAUUAGGAAUGAUGGACAAGGUAAAUGUGACCCUUGAAAGUUUGUGUGCGUGUGUUGACUUUGUGAGAACCGGUGAGUUUUUAACCGAAAGCGUGAGGGUACUUAGCCUGGCCGUCACUUCCUGAUCCCUCACUUUAAUUGAGACUUCACAAUAACUAUGUUAUUAUUUAGGUUUGAGUUUGGUUCAGUAAGUUUGUGUGUGUGUGUCCAUGUUCUGGGACGCUAACAAAAAACAUCAAGACAAAGACGGUGUAUAAGAUGUACAAAAUUCAUUUUAAUAAAGACUGUGCACAACUUCUCCAACCAGGAUAAAAAGAUAAAUAAGAAUGGAAAGGAUUUGAAAAUGACAUGAUCAUAAGUGGAACACGUUAUCAUCUGCCAAAUUGUUAAAAAAGGAAAGAAAAUAAAGGUGCUCACAUAUUGAAGCAAACACAAACAUGAAAAGAUUCCAGUGAAUGUAAAACAGUAAAUAACUUCACCAAAGCUACAAUCCACCACAAGUUGCUAUCUUGAUGAUGUAACUAUAAUA